CCUCCCACUUUCCGGAGAUGCUCCAGCCCAUCCCCAAAUUGUUGGCCAAUGAGGGUGGCUCAUUCACAACUCAUGCAGUCCUUCUACAAUAGGUAAGGAGAGAGAGUCACACAGAGCAGGAGAUAUAUAUCAAAGACAGAAAGACAGAGUGGAGCAGAAACAGUGAAUGUGUCUGAGGUGGACAGUAAAGGCCAGGGUGGAAGGGAAGACAGGGGAAGAAAAGGGCUAAGAAGUCACAACAAAGUGGAAACCCCUGAGAGUGAAACAGAGGCUGAGAGACAGGCAGAUGAAGCGAGAUGAAGAGCUUCUGACAGGAUAGAUUUACAGUGUGGACAUCCUGACAGGGAGGGAAGGCAAUAAAAGAAAAGAAGAACCCUUGGACAAAAGGAAGCUGUUUGUCACAGCUGUCUUGUAAGACAUCACAGAGAGGAAAUCCCACAGGUGUAGAGACAGGCAGGUGGACAGCCAGACAUGCUGCUUUCCAUUCUGUUUUUCUCCAUCGCUGGAGGACUUUGGGGGUCCAACCCUGUGGUGUGGGGGUACGAACAAAUCCAGGACAGACAGGGGCCAACGGUGCCCGCCUGCCCGUCUCCGUGCCAGUGUGAAGACGACGGCAUCUUCAUCAUGGUGGACUGCUCAGAGAUGGGACUAUCAUCUGUGCCUGCCAACCUCAGCCCUCUCACCACAUACCUGGAUCUUAGUAUGAACAACAUCAGUGAGAUCCAGCCCAGAGCCUUCCACCGACUGCACCUGUUAUCAGAACUGCGCAUCUCAGGGAAUCAACUGAGGUAUAUCUCAGGUCAAGCUCUCCAAGGUCUACACAACCUCAAAGUCCUGAUGCUACAAAACAACCAGCUGGAGAGACUUCCUGAUGAUGCUCCGUGGGACCUGCCCAACCUGUUGUCCUUACGUCUCGAUGCCAACCUCUUGCCUGAGGUUCCGGCUGAGGCCUUUAGAGGUGUUCACUCUUUAAGACACCUGUGGUUGGAUGACAACUCUCUGACAGAGAUCCCAGUGCUGGCCCUGGACUUUUUACCAUCCCUGCAGGCAAUGACRCUGGCCCUCAACCAAAUCACGCACAUUCCAGAUUACGCAUUUACCAACCUCUCCGCCCUUGUCGUACUGCAUCUCCAUAACAACCACAUACAGAGCAUGGGCUCAAGAUGUUUUGAAGGUCUUCACAGCCUGGAGACACUGGAUUUAAACUACAACGAUCUGCAAGAGUUCCCUGUGGCCAUCAGGACACUGAGCAAACUUCAGGAACUGGGCUUUCAUAACAACAAUAUCAAAGCCAUCCCUGAGAAGGCCUUUGUGGGAAACCCUCAGCUCCAAACCAUUCAUUUCUAUGAAAACCCCAUCCAGUUUGUUGGAAAAUCCGCUUUCCAGUUCUUACCAAAGCUACACACACUUUCCCUGAAUGGGGCAACUCAAAUUCAAGAGUUUCCUGAUCUGAAAGGAACAACCAGCCUGGAGAUUUUGACACUGACUCGGGCUGGUCUCUCAGCUCUCCCUCCAGAUCUUUGUGAGCAACUGCCUCACCUCAGAGUGCUGGAGCUGUCCUACAACCAGAUUGAGGAACUUCCCAGCUUUUAUCGCUGUUCAGCCCUGCAAGAAAUAGGACUACAGCAUAAUCAAAUUAGAAGAAUAGASUCUACUACCUUCCAACAGCUCACCUCUCUCAGAGCACUUGAUCUGAGCUGGAACAUGAUCGAGUGGAUCCACCUGGAUGCCUUUGUCUCACUUCACUCUUUGAUCAAACUAGACCUCACUGAGAACCGUCUCAACUCUUUGCCAGUUGCUGGUUUGGGAGCCCUCACCCAUCUCAAACUGAAGGGGAACAAAGAAUUAUAUGAACCUUUCAGUCCGGAUAACUUUCCCCACAUGAGGGUGAUAGAGAUGCCUUACGCGUACCAGUGCUGUGUGUACGCAUCCUGUGAUAGCUACAAGCCAGCCAGUCAGUGGGACACAGAACCGAGCAAUACACAUGAAGACCUGCACAAGAGGACAGUAGCCAUGUACCCCAUCCACGCUGACACCAACUAUGAUCCUGAUCUGGAGGAGUUCCAGCUGGAAAUAGAAGAAUCCAAACUGCAGGCCAGUGUUCAAUGCACACCCAUGCCUGGUCCUUUCCGUCCAUGCGACUCCCUGCUGGGCAGCUGGAUAGUCCGUGUUGGCUUGUGGCUCAUUUCCCUGGUGUCUCUGCUGGGAAACUCCAUCCUGUUCUUGUCCCUCUUUGGCUCACCUGGCUACAUGUCACCACUUCGCUUCACUGUGGCCUGCAUGGGGGCAUCCAAUCUGCUGACGGGGGUGUGCACCUGCACCCUGGUUCUUGUGGAUGCUCUUACUCUGGGAGAAUUCAGUCAAUAUGGCGCUCGCUGGGAAGGGGGACAUGGCUGUCAGGCUACGGGAUGGGUUUGGGUGUUUGCAUCUGAGGCGAGCGUGCUGCUGCUGACUCUUGCGGCAGUGCAGUGUGGUGUAAGUGUGGCCUGCGCUCGUGCCUAUGGAAAAUCCCCAUCCCUUGGGCGUGUGCGCACAUGUGCAUUGUUCUGCCUUACCCUGUCCCUCACGCUCGCCUCGCUCCCACUGUUMGGUGUGGGAGAGUAUGGGUCUUCCCCUUUCUGCCUUCCCUCACCCCUGCCUAAAACAUCUCCUCAUUUCCCAUCCUCUCUAGGCUUUCCUUUGGCACUCAUUAUGAUGAACACCCUGUGCUUGCUCAUAGUCACAUGUUCAUACAUCCGCCUUUAUUGGGAACUUCUUAGGGGGGAAUGUGAGGGUCUGUGGGACUGUGCGAUGAUCAAACAUGUUGCCUGGCUAAUUUUCACAAAUGGCCUCCUCUAUGUGCCAGUGGCUUUCCUUUCCCUUUGUUCUCUUCUGGGUCUCCUCACUCUGGGGGAGGAGGUCCUGAAAUCGGUCCUCCUGCUCCUGCAGCCUCUGCCUUCCUGUCUCAACCCUCUCCUCUUCUUUCUGUUCACAAGAGACCACACUCAGUUUUUCUCCUGGUCUCACCCCAAAACGCGCCCACAGCUGCGUCGAGACCGCACCUUGGACUCGCUGGUUUCUGUGGCCACGGAAAAGAGCUCCUGCUCCGAUUCGUCAACUCAGGUGUCACUGACAGAUGCAGACGCCAUGUACAACGUGGGGUCAUCUACCCAUCCCAAACUGGAUCCAAUCAGAUUUUCCAGCUGCUCCUCUACUUUGUCUGUUCCGCUCAUCCCUUGCCAAGUGCCCACACUCUCAGUCAGAGAAAGGGAGAGGGCCACUGAAUGAGGAAGCUUAAGCGAUGGCAAAUGCUCAACAUGCUUGGAUUGAGAUGUGAUUCGUAAGACUUACCCCUCUGCAUUGAGCUUUCAAGACUCACCUCACACAUACCCUGCCCCUCCUGGUCAGCUGUCUAAAAAUCUGGGAAAUGGUGGACAUUCAUGGACCAUUAUAAUAAUGAAGCAGGAUCCUUUAGGAGCUAUCAAUCUAAAAGUUCCUUAAAAUCACUAUGAUGAACUGAAAAUGUUGAUGAGCUAAAAAAUGAGGACAAGAGUUGCUUUUACAGAAAGACCUCUUAUGGAACGCCAGUACUGAUGAACUCAACUGACUCAAUCAAGGUCUUGGAGAACAAAGACAAAAUUUAAAUGGAGCUGUUUUUUAAUGGAAAUCAAAGCGUUGUCUAAAUCAGUGGCUUACCCAGAGGGAAUAAAUGUUUAUACGGAAAUGUGAUGAGAGAAGCAACUUAUGAUACAUUGUUKUUUUUACGUGAAGUUAUUUCUUUUUAAAUAAUAAGUUCUAUUUUAAUAAGUUGUACGUCCCAAAAAAAGGGACUCUGUCAAACACAGCAGGUCAUUUUACCAAUGUAAGCUAGAAUUUUAUGUGCAGCAACAUUAUCAUCUGAUGAAAGUGCUUCACCAUUUUGCUAGUGGCGGCACUACCGUGCUGCGCAUGCAGUUUCAUAUGGUUUACAUGUUUUAGGCUCAAAUAUGCAACUCAGAU